AUGACUAAAAGCAAUGGAGAAGAGGCCAGGAUGGGAGGCAGGAUGGAGAGACUCCAGCAAGGGGUCCGUAAACGCACACUCUUGGCCAAGAAGAAAGUGCAGAACAUCACAAAGGAAGAUGUUAAAAGUUACCUGUUUCGCAAUGCUUUUGUGCUGCUUACUGUCACUGCAGUCAUUGUGGGUACAAUCCUUGGAUUUACCCUCCGACCAUACAAAAUGAGCUACCGGGAAGUCAAAUACUUCUCCUUUCCCGGGGAACUUCUGAUGAGGAUGUUACAGAUGCUGGUGUUACCACUAAUCAUCUCCAGUCUUGUCACAGGAAUGGCGGCCCUAGAUAGGAAGGCGUCAGGGAAGAUGGGGAUGCGAGCUGUAGUCUAUUACAUGACUACGACCAUCAUUGCCGUGGUGAUUGGCAUAAUCAUUGUCAUCAUCAUCCAUCCUGGGAAGGGCACAAAGGAAAACAUGCACAGAGAAGGCAAAAUUGUACAAGUGACAGCUGCAGACGCCUUCCUGGACUUGAUCAGGAAUAUGUUCCCUCCAAAUCUGGUGGAAGCUUGCUUUAAACAGUUUAAAACCAACUAUGAGAAGAGAAGCUUUAAAGUGCCCAUCCAGUCCAAUGAAACACUUGUGGGUGCCGUGAUAAAUAAUGUGUCAGAGGCCAUGGAGACUCUGACGAGGAUCACAGAGGAGUUAGUCCCAGUGCCAGGGUCUGUGAAUGGGGUCAAUGCCCUGGGACUAGUUGUCUUCUCCAUGUGCUUCGGAUUUGUGAUUGGAAACAUGAAGGAGCAGGGCCAGGCCCUGAGAGAGUUCUUUGAUUCUCUUAACGAAGCCAUCAUGAGAUUGGUAGCGGUGAUAAUGUGGUACGCCCCUCUGGGCAUCCUCUUCCUGAUUGCAGGGAAAAUUGUUGAGAUGGAAGACAUGGGAGUCAUUGGCGGGCAGCUUGCCAUGUACACAGUGACAGUCAUCGUGGGCUUACUCAUCCAUGCGGUCAUUGUCCUUCCCCUCCUCUACUUCUUGGUAACACGGAAAAACCCCUGGGUUUUCAUCGGCGGGUUGCUGCAAGCACUCAUCACGGCUCUGGGAACCUCCUCCAGCUCUGCCACCCUACCCAUCACCUUCAAGUGCCUGGAAGAGAACAAUGGCGUGGACAAACGUGUCACCAGAUUCGUGCUCCCAGUAGGGGCCACCAUUAACAUGGAUGGGACUGCCCUCUAUGAGGCUUUGGCUGCCAUUUUCAUUGCUCAAGUUAACAACUUCGACCUGAACUUUGGACAGAUUAUUACAAUCAGUAUCACAGCCACGGCUGCCAGUAUCGGGGCAGCUGGGAUUCCUCAGGCGGGCCUGGUCACCAUGGUCAUCGUGCUGACAUCUGUGGGCCUGCCCACCGACGACAUCACGCUCAUCAUCGCAGUGGACUGGUUCCUGGACCGUCUUCGUACCACCACCAACGUGCUGGGAGACUCCCUGGGAGCCGGCAUUGUUGAACACUUGUCACGACAUGAACUGAAGAACCGGGACGUCGAAAUGGGUAACUCAGUGAUUGAAGAGAAUGAAAUGAAGAAACCAUAUCAGCUGAUUGCCCAGGAAAGUGAAAUUGAGAAAUCCAUUGAUAGUGAGACCAAGAUGUAG